GCUUUGCCUCAAUCGCGAUAGGAAAGGAGCUCUGCGCAUGCGCACCGGAUGUAAACAAAGCAGCAUGGCACCGUGAGGCUCGGAGAGGUCUGACAGCAGCCGAGUUUAUCGGUUAUCAAUGAUCUUUUAAUAUAUUUCUGAUCAGAUAUCUGAGGUUGUGUGUUUGUGAUGACGGAGAAACAAAAUGGAGUCUGUGAAGAAACGACUGACUGAGUUUUCAGAGGAGGCUCACGAUCUGUAUCUGAACCAAUCAGUGCCCUACCUGGAGGAGCCACCGGACCCGCUGCACUUCUACCGACACUGGAUUGGUCCAAACAAGCCCUGCAUCAUCCGCAACGCUUUCAGCCAUUGGCCGGCUCUGUCCAGGUGGACGCCAGAGUACCUGAGGGAGAAGGUGGGGUCAAAGGUCAUCAGCGUCGCAGUGACUCCUAACGGCUACGCUGAUGCUGUUAACGGCGACCGCUUCGUGAUGCCGGAGGAGAGACGCAUGAGCUUUUCUUCUGUGCUCGAUAUCAUCGAGGGGAAGGUGCAGAAGCGUGGAGUGUUUUAUGUUCAGAAGCAGUGCUCUAACCUGCUGGACGAGCUGCCGGAGCUCACAGACGACGUGGAGCCUCAUGUGUCCUGGAUGAGCGCCGCACUCGGAAAGUUACCAGAUGCGGUGAAUUUUUGGCUUGGAGAGGCGAGCGCCGUCACGUCCAUGCACAAAGAUCACUAUGAGAAUCUGUACUGUGUGAUUUCUGGAGAGAAAAACUUCAUCCUGCUGCCGCCCACAGACCGACCCUUCAUCCCUUACGGUGUGUACCAGCCGGCUGUCUAUCGUCAGCAGGACGACGGGGAGUUUGAGGUCGUCGAUCAGAGCGACUCUGAGAAGGUCCCGUGGAUCCCUCUAGACCCUCUGGACCCGGACCUGGACCGGUACCCACAGUACCGGAGAGCUCAGCCGGUCCGCUGCAGCGUGAAGGCCGGAGAGAUGUUGUACCUGCCGUCCCUAUGGUUCCACCACGUCCAGCAGUCCCAAGGCUGCAUUGCAGUGAACUUCUGGUACGACAUGGAGUACGACAUCAAGUACAACUACUUCCAGCUGCUGGAGACGCUGUCUGAGGUCACGGGGUCAACGUGACGUCACCUGCAUGAUGUCAGAGUGAAAUAAUAAUAUGAAGCUACUGUAAAAUGUUUUGUUUAAAACUCUGCAGAAGUCUGGUUGAUUUCAUUAAGAUAUAAAUAUGUGAAUGACAUCAAAGCUAAAACUCACAUCAUGAAACAACAUCUUUAACAUUGUCCAAUGUUACACCUGGUGGACAGGUGUGUAGGAGAAUAAGAUACACCUGAGAAAAAAGCUGGUUUGUUUGAACAUUUUGUCCAGAAUAAAACGCUGCAUUCAUGUUUUUAAGUUUUCUUCAGCACCAAAGUAAUCCAGUGAUAGUGUCUGUACAUCCAUGGGUGCACUGCAGGAGCUGCCGAUGGAUCAUUCAGCAGACUUUGUAAAAGGUAUUUAUGUAACAAAUACCACGUUAAGAGUUCUAUAAAAAACUAUCACCUAGA